AUGAACAACCGUAAACACAAAAAGGGCGGCGGCGGCUCCAACGAUCCCAACCAGAACGGCAACUCCAGCGCGCAUCAACUCAAUCAGCGUUCCAACGGUGGACAAGCGUCGUCCUCAUCCUCAGAUAGCAAGAAUGGUCGCUCUACCCCACCACAGCAGAUCAUCCUGCAACGAUCAAAACGACCGUCUCUCAAAGGUCAAACGAGCUACAGCGUCACAGCACCAGGAACGCCAUGGCACGAGCUCGACCUUUCCGAGAUCCCCUUCCUGCGUCAUGAAGCCGUGGAAGAGCCCAUCAAGCGCGGGCUUAUGCGCUAUCGACGCCUCUUCUUCGUUUUCGGCGCCGCGCUCGGUGCAGUGAUCGCUUUUUUGGCCUCAAGGAACUUGCAGAUGGCCCAACACAUGGCCAGCCUGCGCUCCAUCGUUGACGAGUCUAUAGACGGCCUCGAUUUCCCCUCGAUCGACAUUGGCAUCCCCAAGGAGUUCGCAGAUAUGGGCGAGAACAUCUUCAGUCGCUCCAGAGGGUGGUUCAAGAACAAGGACUUUGGCGUCGGGCGUGAUCUCAGCGACAGCGGGUAUUCGGCCGACCAUCCCGUCAUCCUCAUCCCAGGCAUCGUCAGUACAGGGCUCGAGAGCUGGACCACCGACAGGAGCUCAGCCGGCUACUUCCGAAAACGUCUCUGGGGCACCACCACCAUGAUGCGCACCAUUGUUCUGCAAAAGGAGAUGUGGGUACGACACCUCUCCUUGGAUCCAGAUACAGGGCUCGAUCCACCAGGCAUCCGCGUUCGUGCAGCAGAAGGUCUCGAUGCCGCCAGCUUCUUCGCCGCCGGCUACUGGAUCUGGAGCAAAGUCAUCGAGAACCUCGCCGUACUUGGCUACGACACCAAUAACCUCUUCCUCGCCAGCUACGACUGGAGGCUGAGCUACUACAACCUCGAAGUGCGCGAUCGCUUUUUUACGCGGUUGAAGCUCAAGAUCGAGCAGAACAAGGCGCUGUUUGGUAAGAAGACGGUCAUCGUGGCGCAUUCGAUGGGCAGCUCGGUGUUCUUCUACUUUAUGAAGUGGGCGGAAGCGGAAGGCGAGUUUUACGGCAAUGGAGGACCAAAUUGGGUGGAGGAUCACAUUGAGGCGUUCAGUUCGAUUGCAGGGACCUUUUUGGGCGUGCCCAAGGCGAUGGCGGUGAUGCUGUCCGGUGAGAUGCGGGACACGGUCGAAGUGCCUCCUGCCGCAGCUUACCUGUUGGAGAAGUUCUUCAGCCGUCGUGAGCGGGCGAAGCUCUUCCGCACCUGGGCGGGUGGCGCGAGCAUGCUCAUCAAGGGCGGCGAGGAUAUCUGGGGCAACUCCACCUGGGCACCGGACGACGAGCAUGGCGCUGAAGACACUCACGGUCACAUCUACUCCUUCCGCCAACCCUCUGCCGACCAGCACGACCUCAACGAAGAGACCGUCCGCACCAACCUCACUGCCACCGAGGCGCACAACUGGAUGCUCCAGCACGCGCCCAGCUCGUUCCAGAAGAUGCUCGCCACCAACUACUCGCACGGCAUCGAACGCGAUGCGGACAGCCUGGCGAGGAACGAUGCGGAUCACACCAAGUGGAGCAACCCGCUCGAGGCGACGCUGCCCCACGCACCGAGUAUGAAGCUGUACUGCAUCUACGGUGUCGGUAAGCCUACCGAGCGAUCCUACUGGUAUCAGCAGGGGGAGUAUGUCACGGAAGCCUCGAUAGGCGAACAGAUGGACGAACCGGGCAUCUUUGGUCAGAACCACUCGGACGUCUCGCGGACCCCACCGCUCGACUUCCCCACCGCACGUCUCAGCUGGAUCGACCACGUUGUGCAGAAGGAGGAUGCUCUGCCAAAGGUGCGCGCGGGAUGCAAGAUGGGCGAUGGCGACGGAACCGUCUCGUUGCUCAGUCUGGGCGCCAUGUGUGCCGAAGGAUGGAAGCAUCCGCAUUGGAAUCCGGCCAACAUCAGCGUGGUAACCCACGAACUCAAGCACGAGCCGGAAGCAAUGGAUCUCAGAGGCGGCGAGUCAACCGGUGAUCAUGUCGACAUCUUGGGCGCCAGAGGCGUCAACGAGGCCAUUCUCAAGAUUGCAGCGGGCAGAGGCGAGGAGGUGGGCAAUCAGUACUUUUCCGAGAUUCGCAGGUUUGCGAGCCGGGUCAAGUGGUUGGGCACCACCCCAGGUCCGUAG